AUGAUGAGUCAUGAGGGUGGGGAACGAUCGGAAGAGGCAGUCGGUUCGCUGAAGGAUACGAACGGUUCUGAUAAGAAGAGGGUGUCGAAUGUGAUCCAUGGGAGGAAGGCGAGCACGUAUUUGAGGAUCUUUAGAGAUGACGAAGGGAUCACCGAUGGUGAGGUUGUGGAACGGGAUGUGGAACCCAGGAGACGCAAGUCUGUGUCGCUGUAUGACACGCAUUACAAGAGUUCGACGGUUCCGCGGCGCAAGUUCUCGCGAACGAAGGAGGACGGGACGGCGGGGAACCGGGCAAAGAGGCCGGAGGAGGAGUGCAACGGGUUGAAAGCUGUCUCUUCGGCCACGUACUACCCACACAAGGCCAAGGAGCUGGCGGAGAGCGCGAAGCUGGAGCAAGGGUCCGUGGAGGAAGCGGUGCCGAAGCUUUCGGCGGGCGAGGUGCCGCGGGAGUCGACCGGGGAGGACCUUUCGGAGGCGCUGGAGUCGGACGAGGACGAGGACGAGGAGCAGGGAGCGGAGUAUCCUCUGGCGGUGGAGCUGCAGCCUUUCACCAACAACGUCGGCGGGCAUACGGCUAUCUUCCGGUUCUCGAAGAGAGCGGUGUGCAAGGCGCUGGUCAAUCGGGAAAACGAGUGGUACGAAAACAUAGAGAUAAAGCACAAGGAGCUGCUGCAGUUCAUGCCGCGGUACAUAGGGGUGCUGAACGUGAGACAGCAUUUCCACAGCAGAGAGGAGUAUCUGAAGCAUCUGGCUAACUCAAAGGGUGUCAAGAGGAAGAAGGGGUGCGAUGCGCGAGAGAAAAGCGAGUGCGUCGACGUUGACGGGAAUUUCGGCUGCCGGUUGAAGCAGGUUCACACGUGUCCCUGCGACUCGGAGUACUUGGAGGCGAGCCACCAGAGACCGGCACUGUCAGAAGUGGUGCUGGACGAUAAUAGACACAUGAUCCCCGGGUUCAUGCAAAAUUGGUACCCGCAAUCGCCAAGUUCAGCGCCGAGCGAUUCUUUCUUGUAUUCGCAUCAGGGCAGCCGUCGGUCGCUGCCCUGUGACAGCAACGACAACCGUGUAAACUUGUCGGGCUCCACGACUGUUAACACGAAACUGAAAGAACUGGUGUUGCAGGAAGUGUUUGCGCCGACGUAUUCUUCGUGUUCGAGGCCAAGGCGGCUGAGCAAGAAGGAUCGUGCAUCGUCGCAUGGGAGCUCACGACGCAACUCAAACCAGUCGCUAAGAAAUUUGCCCACGCAUGCUUCGAACUCGCCGUUGCUUAAGAAGACCGCUAAGGAGAGCAUCUCGAACGCUAUUAGCAGCCCGAACUCCGUGAUGGAUUUGAAACAGCUGGAACGGAAGGAAAUUGCUAGGGAAAAUGCCAGGAGCUCAGCUCAUGAAUCUCCACGGUGCAGCACUAAGAGUUCCCCUCUGUUGCAACCGAAUGAAGCGAUUUCGCCACUCUUCUUACCAGUCGACCGGAUGACUAACGAAGGAGGUGUUUUUGAGAUGGAUGACGAUAUCGAGGACCCGGAGUUGAAAAGAAAUCGGCUGCCUGAAGCGGACAUUUCAAGCGCGCAGGACAAGAAAAAUGAAGAUUCUGUCACUUUCGAAGAUCAGUCGAUUGUCUCCAAGUUCAUUCUUCUCGAAGAUCUGACGAGGAAACUGAACAAGCCUUGUGCGCUGGACUUGAAGAUGGGAACAAGGCAAUACGGCGUAGAUGCCACACGCAGCAAGCAGCUCUCUCAGCGGGAGAAAUGUCGAAAGACUACUUCAAGAAAGCUCGGGGUACGCGUUUGUGGCUUGAAGAUCUGGAAUCAAACUUACUAUAUCACGAGGGAUAAGUAUUUCGGAAGACGAGUCAAAAUAGGUUGGCAGUUCACCAGAGUUCUCGCCCGAUUUAUCUACGAUGGGCGGCGGAUAGCCAGCAUUAUCAUGCAAAUCCCGAGACUGAUAAGGCAACUGGAUACUUUGGCGGUCGAAAUUAGCGCCUUGAAGGGUUAUCGACUUUAUGGAUCCUCGCUAUUGUUAAUGUAUGAUGGUCAGAACCCAGGAAAUAAGCGGUGUAGGGUCAAAGUAAAUUUAAUCGAUUUUGCCCGCUGUGUCACAAAGGAUAGUCUGACACAAGGUUAUGAAUCCUUUCGCAUACCUCCAAAAAAUCCUGAGAUCGAGGACCGCGGGUUUCUACGGGGAGUACGCAGUCUCAGGUUUUAUCUCAUGUCGAUUUGGAACUACUUGACAGGUGACGUUCCACUCUCUAACAACGACGAUGAAUUAACUCGCUUCCUCGAAGAGCAUAAGGAGAAAUUCGAUGCUAACUGGGAGUGGUUGGACCAGCUUGAUAAGGAGAACGAAGAGGACUUUAACAAUCCAAAUAGCGAGCUAAGAACUAAAUGGAGGAAGUACGAGCUAAUAUUCGAUUUAGAGCCCCGAUACAGUGAUGAAGCCGACGUCAGCGAUUGA